GCUUUUCAGGAAAUAAUGACCACUUUCUUGCGGUUCAUCGGCAGAAGGGUGGAAAGCCAGUAUUCGUUUAUCAGCAUACUCAAGAUGUUGAGAAGAGCCUGGAAAUAGUUCCACAAAAAAUAUAUAAACACAGCUACCAUUCCUCUUCUGUAGAUCAAAUACGCAAACGGCAUCAAAUUGUUAACUCAGCAUUCCCCAGACCUGCAUAUGACCCAUCUCUCAAUCUACUUGCCAUGUCUGGUCAGGAUCCCGAAGUGGAAAACCUUCCAAUCCCGGCAGCAAAUGUAAUUGUGGUGACAAUGCAAAUGGAUGUCAACAGGCUAAAUGUAACCUUGCUUCGGAUAUUCCGCCAAGGAGUGGCUACUGCUUUAGGACUCUUACCCCAGCAAGUGCACAUCAACCGCCUCAUUGAAAAGAAGAACAGUGUUGAGCUGUUUGUGUCUUCCUUAAAUCGAAAAACAGGAAUUUCUGAUACUCUGUCAUCCGAAGAAGUGCUGCGUUCACUUAAUAUAGAUGUUUUACACCAAAGUUUAUCACAGUUUGGAAUCACAGAAGUCGCUCCUGAGAAAAAUGUUUUACAAGGACAGCAUGAAGCAGACAAGAUCUGGAGCAAAGAAGGAUUUUAUGCUGUUGUCAUUUUUCUCAGCAUCUUCGUUAUUAUAGUCACAUGCUUGAUGAUUCUUUACAGAUUAAAAGAAAAGUUUCAACUUUCCUUGAGACAAGAUAAAGAGAAAAAUCAGGAGAUCCACCUAUCACCUGUCACAUUACCACCAGGACAGCCAGAGGCGAAGACAGCGCACAGUAUGGUCCAGCCUGAGCAUGCCCCAAAGGUGCUGAACGUCAUUGUAGACCCACAAGGCCAAUGUUCCGCUGAGAUCAAAGCUGCCGCCUCUUCCUCCGUCUGCCAUUCUCCCUUCAAAAUGAAGCCCAUUGGACUCCAGGAGAGACGAGGGUCCAACGUGUCUCUGACAUUGGAUAUGAGUGCCUUGGGGAAUGUUGAGCCCUUUGUGGCUAUCCCAAGCCCACGGGAGAAAGUAGCCCUGGAGUACCUGCAGUCAGCCAGCCGAGUUCUCACAAGGUCACAACUGAGGGAGAUCGUGGCAAGUUCACACUUACUACAAAGUGAAUUCAUGGAAAUACCAAUGAACUUUGUGGAUCCAAAAGAAAUUGAUAUCCCACGACAUGGAACUAAAAAUCGCUAUAAGACCAUCUUGCCAAAUCCUCUCAGCAGAGUAUGUUUAAGACCAAAAAAUGUAACGGACUCACUGAGCACCUACAUUAAUGCUAAUUAUAUUAGGGGCUAUAGCGGCCAAGAGAAAGCGUUCAUUGCCACCCAGGGCCCAAUGAUCAACACCGUGAAUGACUUCUGGCAGAUGGUUUGGCAGGAAGACAGCCCAGUGAUUGUUAUGAUCACCAAACUUAAAGAAAAAAAUGAGAAAUGUGUUCUUUACUGGCCAGAAAAGAGGGGGAUAUAUGGGAAAGUGGAAGUUUUGGUUAUCAAUGUAAACGAAUGCGACAACUACACUGUUCGAAACCUUGUCCUAAAGCAAGGAAGUCACACCCAACAUGUGAAGCAUUACUGGUACACCUCCUGGCCUGAUCACAAGACGCCAGACAACGCCCAGCCCCUUCUCCAGCUCAUGCUGGAUGUGGAAGAAGACAGACUUGCUUCUGAGGGCCGAGGGCCUGUGGUUGUCCACUGCAGUGCAGGGAUUGGUAGAACAGGGUGUUUCAUUGCUACAUCCAUUGGCUGUCAACAGCUGAAAAAAGAAGGUGUUGUGGAUGCGCUGAGCAUUGUCUGCCAGCUUCGCAUGGACAGGGGUGGAAUGGUCCAAACCAGUGAGCAGUAUGAAUUUGUUCAUCAUGCGCUGUGCCUGUACGAGAGCAGACUUUCAGCAGAAACCGUCCAGUGAUUCACUACAGACUUAGCAGACCACCAAGCUCCUUGGGUAAUGAAUCAAAUGACCCAACUGAGACUACUGUAAGGAGUUUCCUGCCACGGAAGGAAGGCAAGGCUCUCCAGCCAGACCUCUGGAUCAUGGAAGAUUUGGCAAUACACUCAAAGAUUGCCAGCCCUUUGUGUAUAUGAAUGCAAUUGUAAGCAUCCUUCUCGUGUUUCUGAAGGCCCUAUGCUGAUUGGAGGUAUGAGCUAUUUCUCGCACAGUGUAAGGCAGACCUUGUUUUGUCUAUAUUGACUGCACACAAGACAUAUGUGUGUAGUAUUCAGUGAUCUGUGUCAUCGGGUGAUGACUGAAAGAGCUGCUAAAGAAAUUAUUAUUGUGUGUUUAGAUGCUUUAAUGUUUGCAAAGUCUGUCUUGUGAAUGGACUGUCAGCUAAACAAACUAUUCCUGUUUUAAGUGCUAUUACCUUUCUCAGUUACCAGAAUCUUGCUGCUGAAGUUGCAAGUGAUUAAUAAUGAAUUUUUAACAAGUAAGUUUUUGUUUUCGAAAAAGAAAUCAAAAGCAGUAACUAUUUUAUAUGAAGAUGUAUCUUGAUAAUAUUACCUACUACAUGUGUAUUUACAAUACCUCCUGUCACUUACAGAGCACAAUGAUUGUCAUCGGGUGUUUAUGUAUUUACUCUCUAUUAUUGAGCAUAGAGAUAGCUCCUGCCCCCAGAACACUACACAGUGUAUUUCUGCAUCAUGAGUUAUUUUACUUUAAAGGGAAAAACAAAUUUGUAGCAAACAUGAAGUAUCAAGAGUUUUCCAUCCUUGUCUCUCUUUUACUAAGAAUGGAUUUUUGAAUAUGUCAACCACCUGGACUCUCUCUCCCAGUCGAAGGCAGAUGUCUUUGGGGAUGAUGUAAUCUCCUAUUUCCAGAAGCUCCUCCUAAGGACGCUGCCCUGUAGAUGCUGAAAUUUCUGAAAGGUUUUAAUCCUCCAGAAACAAAGUUCAGAUAACUACACUCAGCAAACACUAGAUGUUCUGCUCAAAUAUGAAUUUUUAUUGCAGCAAUGUUGACUUUCUUUCAUACUGCCAAUAAACUACUCUUAAUACAACAUAUUGA